GGGCGGCCGCCGCUCCCCCGCCGGCCCGGCGCGCCCCGGCCGAGCAUGGAGCAGUAGCGGCUGUUCGCGCGGCCGCUCCGCAGCGGGGCCAUGGGCGCGGAGCGCAGGGGGGACGCGGCGGCGCCCCGCGGCGGCUGCGCCUGCGGCGGCGGCAGCUGGCGGCUGUUCCUGGGGUUCUUCGCGCUGUCGCUGGCGCUGCACGUCCUGACGCUCGGCUGCUACCUGGAGCUGCGCUCCGAGCUCCGCCGCGACCGCGGCCCGCAGCCCGCCGCCCCGCCGCGCCGGGACGGCACCGCCGCCGCGCCCGGGCCGCCCGCCGCCCGCCCGCAGCGCCCGGGCGAGGGCACCGACCGCCGGCAGCAGCUGGCCUUGCUGAACUUCUUUCACCCUGAAGAAAAGCUGCACAUUGGAGAAGAAGGGAGACGCGUCCGUCGGAAUAAAAGGAGUAAAGGCAGCGAGGGGCCAGAUGGUCCAAGUUCAGUGAAAAACAAGAAAAAGGGUAAAAAGGCUGGUCCUCCAGGGCCAAAUGGUCCCCAAGGGCCACCAGGUCCUCCUGGGCCUCAGGGCCCUCCUGGCAUUCCCGGCAUCCCUGGGAUUCCCGGCACAACCGUCAUGGGACCACCCGGCCCCCCUGGCCCUCCAGGCCCUCAAGGUCCACCUGGACUGCAGGGUCCCUCAGGUGCCACGGACAAAGCCGGCUCCAGAGACACCCAGCCCGCAGUGGUCCACCUCCAAGGCCAAGGCUCUGCAAUCCAAGUGAAAAAUGAUCUUUCAGGUGGAGUCCUCAAUGACUGGUCUCGCAUCACUAUGAACCCCAAGGUGUUUAAGCUGCAUGCCCGCAGUGGGGAGCUGGAGGUACUGGUGGACGGCACAUACUUCAUCUAUAGUCAGGUAGAAGUAUACUACAUAAACUUCACAGAUUUUGCCAGCUAUGAGGUGGUGGUGGAUGAAAAGCCCUUUCUGCAAUGCACUCGGAGUAUUGAGACCGGCAAGACCAACUUCAAUACCUGCUACACAGCUGGGGUCUGCCUCCUCAAAGCCAGGCAGAAGAUUGCUGUGAAAAUGGUCCAUGCUGACAUCUCCAUCAACAUGAGCAAGCACACAACUUUCUUUGGGGCCAUACGCCUGGGAGAUGCACCGGCAUCCUAGAUGAACUUGGCGAGUCCAAGGAUACUCACAGAACUGCACAGUGCUGCUGUUCAUAAGCGUAUCAGUAUUUCAGGGGGUUCUGUAAUCCGGCCAUAAAGAAAACUGAUCCAGAGCUAUUUAUUCCUAUAUGUGAACGCAGGAAGCACAGUUGUCUUCUGUGACUUGCGUGGAGACUUGGAUCAAAAAGCUAGUUGAAGAAGCGUUCUGAGGAAGAAAGGCUGUGGUGUCUGCCUUGUCUCAGUAUUUCAAGUAUUACUGCACUGAUAUUCUGCUCUGUGAUCUUCACACGAGGCUUGUGGAGAGUGGUGUGGGUCUCUGCUUUUAUGUUGCACUAGCAAGAGCAUCCCAAGCGGGAGCAGGAGAAGACAGACUCAUGUCCAAAUUGUCCUGCUUCUGCACGCUAACGAAAGCAAGAAAAGGGGGUUCUGGUUUUCUGCCUUCCCAGUUGGAAGUAGAACGGCCAUGGGGUGCGAAGGGAGGUGAAUAAGACAGGGUCAGUGGUGUUUACAUUCAUCCUCAGGAGUGCGAGCAAAGGUGGCAAAGUGCCUCUACGUAGAGCUUGGAAGCAGGCUGCAAAAGCAGUUAAGUGCACAAGGAAGGUGAAUACAUAACAGAGCAGGCUUGGCAGAUGGGAAACUGCCUCCACAUUCCAGAAAUCACCCAAGUCCCAGAGAAAAUGCCAAUCACCGGGUCCAGAGCCUCUGCUACUUUCAGCUCCUGCCAUUACCCCAGAGGUGUACCUUGCCCUAAUGGGGCUGCCUUAAAGUUCUGCUGCUGUUCCAGCCAUUCGUGUUUUGUUGGUUUUUGUUUUUUUUUUUUUUGUCUUUUUAAUUAAUAUUUUGCAAACCAGAACACAUUUCUACAGGCUUCACCGAGCCGCGUAGAGCAGACACGAGUCCUUGUGGAAACACUCUGAAGAAGUUUGUCAUGUUUAAGAAUAAAAUUAUUCAAACAGGACUUUUUUUUUUCUGUUUUAAUAGCAAAUGUCCUGCUUUUAGAUGUGGGUUUUAUCCUUCCACCCCCCACCCUUUUCCUUUUGGCACCCUUCUACCUAAAAGACUCCAAUAAGUGGUGAUGGAGUCUCUAGCAGAAGAGUUGUAUUUAAGUCUGGUCCAGCAUGAAGUCACCACUUUUUCUGUUCUCCGAGCCCUGCUGAGUCCAGUCAUAACUCGAUUUGUGAUGACUAAGGGAAGAGCUGGGAUGCUAUUGUUUCUUUUGGCUUCUUGAGCAACUCUCUCUCAUUACCUCCCCUCUGCUGGGGCCACCAAAAGCUAUAAGAUGUGCUGGAGCUGAGGAAGAGGCUGAAGCGCUAAUUGCUCUCUUGUGUCGUGCCUUGGUUUGCGCUUGGUUGUGUUGGGUGGUUUUUUUAAACCGGAUUUCAUUUCAGAACAUGGUUUUUUUUCUAAAAACUGAAGAAAGAAAUGAAGUUUCAGCCUGUGUAGCAAAUGGGACAAGUCCCAAACCGAUGUCUUGGUGAUGACUUCCAUCUCCAGGCAGAGGGGGCUCGUCUGUGAUCACCUGCAGGGAGGUGGGAGCGGAUGGCUCAGCACGGGGUGUAGCGAUUGAUCUGGCUGCAGCGGGGUCCGCCCUGCCUCAAGCGUUCUUGGCUCCGCCGCUUUUCCCCAUCCAAAGCGAGUGAUCUCACUUGCCAAGUAUUGCAGUUAUUGGGAGAUAAAUAUUUCUUGGGGGCACCCAGCUUUGGCUGCAGCCUCGCUAUUCACAGGAGGCGUGCAGUUUGUAAAAUAACUGCAUGAAAAAUUGCCUGCUAUUUCUUUUUCAAUAUGUUCUCUUUUCUAGCCUUAACAUGUUGGGCUAGCAAGAGCCUUAAGGGCACUUCACUAGUCUCUGUGGUUUAUUUCCUUUAAAAUGGAUUAAGAAGGACAUGUUCCUCUGACAAGAAUGAAUCGGGACAACUGUGUAUAGUGAGAACAUUAAGCAAAUCGUUAACAGAAUUGCUUUAGAAUGAGCCUGAGCAACAAGACUUAGGGGCAAGCAAAAAUAAUGCGCUGAGCGCAGUGGAUGGAGUUUGCAUUCCUUGUCCCUCACUGGCAGGAUCUUUGAUUUGCUCCUGACUGUGGCAGGAGGGGCAGAGGGAGAAUCCCUUCUCUCUGUAAAAGCUCCGUGCAUCGCUGUUGAGUUCCCUGGCUGGGAUGUGGCUGGGAUGCAGGAGGAGAGCAGAAGGGAGCGGAUCUCGCCUCCCACAGCGAGAGCCAUGGAAAGUGCUAACGGACUUUUUCCAAUGCUCACGUUACACCAAAGUGUGAGCUUGCUGUAGGCGAGUUUGGAGACAUGGAGUUGGACAUGGAGAGCAGGGAAUACCUGAUUGCUGGUGGUCUUGGUACUGAGAGCUGUGUUAAUCCCUGGGAUGAGCGGGAGGAUCACCAAUCCUUUAGCAGCAAUGGAGACUGUUUAUACUUGAAACCCUUUGGCCUCUACCAACAAGUUCUCAUUAAUGAAGGGUGGCAGUGCAGGUUACCUGGGCUAAAGCGUGGCUUCUUCUGUAUGAUGCUUCUCCAGAUGCUGUCCCACCGUCUUUGGUGCCUCUUCCCCUUGACUGGAGCCGAAAUGGCCUGGAAAGAACUCAGAGGGGCGUGAGGAGGUUGUGUAUGGGAGGCUUCAACAAACUCCAUCAGGAAGAGUCUUGCUUCAGUCUUUCCCUCUGAUAUCUUUGAGUUUUGAUAUAUCUCAGUUCUUGGUCUGGUUGAGAAGGAAGCAUUUCAUUUAUAGACAAAUGUCUGUGUAUCCGGGACAGUGGACAUGACAGCAGUCACUGCUGGGUUCCCAGGUGCCCGCCUUCCUCCGGUAGUACUUGUUGGCUCUGCUCUUACCUACGUGCCUUGGCUCUGCUGCCCUUAAUCGGGCUCCAGCUGCAGCAGUGUAGCAAGCAGCUCAUCAGUGUAGAACACAUCAUCUGAAACCCCUCUUCCUCCCAAGCUCCUCUCUGUGGAGGCAAUUUAUAGGGAAACCAGCUCGGCUGUUGUGUUCAGGAAAGGAUUCCCUCCAGUAAAGGCUUUAGGUCCCUACCCAGAACUACCUGGCUCUUGCUUCCCUCCUGUGCCUUUCUCACCCAGGUAAGUGGCUGUGGUCUCCCUGCCACCCACUGUCUCCAUCAGGGGACUUGGCAUCGUCCUUCCAACAUCACAUGCUUAGAAAAGGGCACCUGAACUGCAAUGGCUUUGAAUUAGAGAGGGAAGAUUUAGAUUAGACCUAAGGAGGAAAUUCUUCACGCUGAGGAUGGUGAUGCCCUGGCCCAGGGUGCCCUGAGCGGUGGUGGCUGCCCCAUCCCUGGAGGGGUUCCAGGCCAGGUUGGAUGGGGCUUGGAGCCCCUCAUCCAGUGGGAGGUGUCCCUGCCCAUGGCAGGGGGGGUGGAAUUAAAUGAUCUUUAAGGUCCUUUCCACCCCAAGCUAUUCUAUGAUUCUAUGAUUCUAUGACUGGGACGGGUGAUGAGCAAAGUGCGUAGGCUCAUCCAUGUUGCUUCCCCUCUUCCCAGUAAGAGGUGGAGCAUGGGGAGCCCUUCCCACCAGCUCCAGGCUGGUGGCACCUGCCCUGGCUCCCAUCCUGGCCCCACCUUUGGGGGCGAGGGGAAGGGAUAACUGCAGCUGUGCUUUGUGGCUGCCCCCAGUUACAAGCUGGACACCCCCACCCUCCCCACCGUGUUCAUCACUCCCAGGCUGGGAGGAAGCCUCUGAGUCCCCGACAAAGGUGUAACACGAGAGGAGUUGUGGGAAGAGAGACCCGACUGCCCCCGUUACGUUUGAGCUGCACAGUGAUGUACUGAUGCUGUUUUGUCCUUCGACAUCUUUCUCCAAGACACUACUUGUAUAUAAAAUAUACAUAAUGUAUAUAAAUUAGGAU